GAGAGCGGCGCCUCGCGGGGGCGGAGCUCUGCGCCUGCGCACACUCGGGAGGGGCGCCGCCUAAGGACGCGCUGCGCAGGCGCGCAACAGUGGCCGGUUAGCGUCGGGACAGAUGGAGUCGGAGCUGCUCCUGCAGAGGGUUUCUGCGCUGCAGGCCUGCAUCAGGGGCUUCUUGGUCCGACGCCGAUUUCAGAGCCUGCGAGCUGAGUAUGAGUCAAUUGUACAGGAGAUCGAGGGAGACCUGGGCACACUUCAGUGGACUGGUGGCUGGAUUCCCAGGCCCCAGUUUCUCCCUAAGAAGGCUAAAUCCUAUUGCUCCUGGAAGGCAAGAGAGAAAGUACUAAGUCCAGAGCAAGAACUGUGGAGCCACGUCCCCCUUAAAGAGCCUGAGGAAAGGGCCAUCUGGGAGGAAACGGCACUGAAGACGACAGAAGAUGCCUCAGCGAACCCGGGGAGUCUUUGCAGAGAUGACAGCCCCUGGCUUCAGGUUGAGCAUAACAGUAAAAUCAGGAAUCCCAGCCAAGAGGAGACCAGAGACACCUCAAGGAUGGAGAACUCAGAACCCACAAGCCCAGGACUGUGCUACAGCCAUUGUGAGCUGCAGGAGCUCCAGUAUCACCGAAGCCACUUGGCCAUGGAACUGCUGUGGUUACAGCAGGCCAUCAACAGCCGUAAGGAGUAUCUAAUUCUCAGACAAACACUGACAUCUCCAGAAGCAGGCCAGACCAGAGAUGAGCUCAGCCUAUGCCCAGACCGCAGAGGACAGACUUACAAAGUGUGGUCACAACCAAACCCACUGCUGGAAGACAAGCCCAGCAGGGAGCUAGACCUUCUAGGUGACUCCUGUCCGAAGGGCAAAUCACAGGCCUACGAGUCCCCAGAAAGUCUGGCCACUACUGACAAAACUAGUGCUGGAGCUAAAAACAGGGAGCAAUGUCAGAGGAAGGCUGGGCCACAGCUGUCUGUACCAUCCAAUAGCCAGGCUGGAGGGGACAGGUGGAUCAAGAGGCCAGACCACAGAGGACAGACCUUACAGCAGAUGAAACUUCCAGAGGACCAGACCUCUAGGGCCCUGAGACCUACAAUCCCCUGUUUUGGGAAGGCCAGGACACAGCUGCCUGCACUCUGUGAGGACCCAGAUGUUGAGGACAAGUCUCCCAGAAAGCCAAGGCCCAAAGAGCCUGACUGUCGAACAGCAAGGCCACAAGAGCUGCGCCUGUUGGAGGACCACGUUAUUUGCAGUGGAAUGUUGGGAGGCCCAGAGCCUGGUCUGCUGGAUCUCAGGACUAAAUCACCCAAGGCACAGACACUCAGUGAUAGAAGUUCCAGAGAUGGAGUGGCCAGUGAGCCUAGUCACAAAGAACUGAAAAACCACAGGACUGUACUUUGGAGAUCAAGGCUGGCUGAGAAUCUGUCUUUCACAGGAUUAGAUGAGACAAAGGAGGACCAAUGGAGGGGCAGAACAUUAAAAACAGGACCCCCAGGCUAGACAGUGAGGAGGCAGGCAAGGAACAGGCUCUAAGGGAGGGACACUGUGACCAGUAGUGGAGCGGGCAAGUCCUCAUCCUGUUACCAGUGCUCUCCCAGCAAGCGAGUGGCUGUGGGGCCGAGAGAGGCUGGUGUAGACUGGGUAUGAGUAGAGUGAGGAGGACAAAGGCGACCCUUUCAUCAUCUGCCUGUGGCUCAGUCCACAUUUCAGGCUAAGCACCUACCUGGCUAAUAAAGGUUUUUCUUG